GCGCCGCCCGUAUAUAGCCCGACAAGGUUGCAAGCAUCUGCACAGUCGCCUUUGCUCGCCGUCACCGCCAAGUAACACCCCAUUUUUAUUCGAGUUUUCUGUUCUUUUGCUACGCACGAGACUCGCCUGCCAUGGUUGCUGCUAUGCUCCUCAAGUCUUCCGCGCCGCGAGCCGCUCUAAGGGCUUCGACUGCUCUUCGUCAGAGUCAGAGGACGUACAUGACCCUGCGAGACCACGUGUAUAUGGCCAAGGCGACCGCGGAGGGCGCGGGGCGCAACGGCAAGGUGCGCUCGAACGGCGACACGCUGCUCGAGCUGGACAUGUCGAUACCCAAGGCGAUGGGCGGGAAGGGCGCCGGGCAGAACCCCGAGAAGCUGUUCGCCAUGGGAUAUGCUUCGUGUUUCCUGGGCGCGCUGCAGCGCUCGGCUGCUGCCCACGGGAAGAAGGAGCUCGCUGACCAGGCGAAGAUCCACACCGUCGUGCGCAUCGGGCACCCCGAGGACCCGCCGCUCGAGGGGUUCGGGCUCGAGGUGGAGAUUAACGUCGAGGGGAUUGAUGACGACGAGAUCAUCAAGGCCGCGCAUGAGUUCUGCCCGUACAGCCGGAUGCUGCACCAUGGGAUUCGGGUGAACGUCAAGAAGUUAUAAGCUAGUUCGCCUCCUCCCUCCGCCCUCUCUAACGCCUCGAACACGUCCCCACGAAAAUCACGAUCCGGAAUACCCACAAACCCAACAACCACCACAAUAAACAACAACUGAAAAAUUCGAACCUUUCUUGUGUGCAUGUUAUAGAUGGCCGUCUUCCUUCCUAUUUUAUUGUAAUAUCUUGGCUUAGUUUGAAUCUCUCCACGCAAACACGAACGAACUGGGGUCAUUGGUACGAUACGAGUCGGUGUACUGUAUCUGUGCUUUGUAGCGAUAGUAUUCUAGUGCGAAUUUAAUGGGCUUAACUGCGUUACG